AUGGAGAGAAAGCGCUUGCUCCAAGAAGGUCUCGCCAAACGUGCAUUUUCGUCGCAGGUAGCAUACCCCGAACAAAUGAUAUGGGUUCCCGAGUCGGUUUGUCGUGGCCAGAAGCCGCAGUGCAUCGAUGUUGACGGAAAGCAAGAUCUACUUUACAUUAAGUACCAGUGUGGCGGCAGCGCGUGUACCAGCAUUUCAACUAUUUCCCAUGAGUAUUUGCAGCUCAAUAUUGAGGCUAUGGUGCACUUCUCUUGUUUUCUCGGCUCUAAAUCAGGCUACUCCAAGGCCUUGCUAGAGAUGAUUCACGACGGAAUGAUGCCUCCAGCCGGUUGGAACCGUGUUCGUCGGCUGCGUUUGUCUAAUCCCAACUACAGGGCCCCCUCCCCAUCUAACGUGACCGACUACUGCGCUAAUCACGCUGUAGUGGACACCAAAGUGUUAACUUCAGUAUGGAUGGACUACACGGUCAUGUACAGCUCGUUGUGUGAGCUGUUAAUGCAGAAGAUGUCGGCUCGAAAGGUACUUCGAGUGGAUCAUUCCGCCAGAUUUUGCAAGAAGACUAAAGUUGGGGAGGACCCCGGUCAACGAAGCAGUAUAUUAGAUGUCAAGCUACUCCUACUUGUGCAGAGCGAGAUAGGGCAAAUUGUUGGCCGUCGUCUUACCCUGAGUGACAAUGCGAAUAGUGUACGUGGCAUGGUGCAAAGUGUGUUUAGAGGCGUCGUACAGGUCAAGCAGGACCCAGUUCAUGUCAUGAUGAGAAUCAAAGAAAAGAUUGCGAGCACAACGAAGAAGAAACAUGUUUCGAAGGAGUUGAUGGGUGCCAUGUACACUGUGGAUAGGAAGUUGUGUCCACCGCAAGAGAUGGAAGAGAAAUUUCGCGACGUCACCGGCGCUGUUACUGCUAGAGAUAUGUCGUAUCCGAAAUGGAGAUUUGUUUGUAGGUACUAA